AUCUGCUGUCCAGUCCUAUCCGCCCUGACGCCGCUUUGCGCAUGCUCCCAUUGGAGUUUAGGGUGGGAGAGUUAGCCGUUAGCACGGAGAGCUAACAGCCGGAGUGUGUAAUGGCGGCCUCGGUGUUGUUGGGGUCUGCGGACAACACCGGACUCAACUUCACGGUCGGAGGCGGCAGCAGCACGAGGAAUGUUCUAGUGGGGAAUAAUAACGGACUGGGACCGGCGGGUCCGGCGCCCUGGAACCGUUCUCUGGACCGCGCGCUGGACGAAGCCUCGGCCACCGGGUGUCUGAACCUCAGCGGCAGGAAGCUGAAGGAGUUUCCCCGGAGCGCCGCCAACCACGACCUGACGGACACCACCAGGGCCGAUCUGUCUCGAAACCGUCUGCCAGAGCUGCCUCUGGACGUCUGUCUCUUUGUGUCUCUGGAGAGUCUGAACCUGUACCAGAACUGUCUCAGGUCACUACCAGACAGUCUGCUCAACCUGCAGGCCCUCACCUACCUGAACCUCAGUCGAAACCAGCUAUCUGUGCUCCCUGCGGUCGUCUGCAGUCUUCCCCUCAAGGUUUUGAUUGCCUGCAACAACAAACUGGUUUCUCUGCCAGAAGAACUGGGACAGCUGAGGCACCUCACCGAACUGGAUGUGAGCUGUAAUGAGAUCCAGACUUUACCGUCUCAGGUGAGUCGGCUGGAGAUGCUGCGCGACCUGAACAUCAGGAGGAACCACCUUGUCAGACUGCCCCCAGAGCUGGCCGAGCUCCCUCUGGUGCGUCUGGAUUUCUCCUGUAACAAAGUGACCUCCAUCCCCCUCUGUUACCGACAACUUGCACAGCUGCAGACCAUCAUUCUUGACAACAACCCUCUGCAGACCCCACCUGCACAGAUCUGCAUUAAAGGGAAAGUCCACAUAUUUAAGUACCUGAACCUGGAGGCCAGUAAGAUGACCCCUGAUCUCCCAGACUAUGACCGACGACCUCUGACCUUCAGCUCCUGUGUUGAUGAGCUGUACCCUGGCCGUCCAUAUGGAGCCUUGGAUUCAGGCUUCAACAGUGUCGACAGUGGAGACAAGAGGUGGUCUGGGAACGAGCCCACAGAGGAGCUGUCGGAGCUACCGCAGAGAGUGGCUGAGAUCAGCAGAGAGCAGAGACAGAGGCGAGAGGACGGACGAGGAGGUGGGGGAGGACCACUGCUGGCUAAUGGGACAUAUGUGGAGCUGGAGCAGAUCGACUUCAUAGACAGCUGUGUGGGGGAGGAGGAAGAGGAGGGGAGGAGUGGUGGGGGUGGAGGGGGGGACGGCACCAGCCUGAGCUCUCCGUUCAUGGCCUAUAUCGAGAGGCGUAUCACCAGAGAGGGUUCUCCGGUCAAAACCAACAUGUCUCGGACAGAAGACACAAGGAGACACAACAGGAGUGUGAUCGAUGGUGUCACAGCACCGCCUACCACCCAGAAUCAGAGAGGAGGUAUUGCAGGUCCAGCGGGGGUGGAGAGGAUGAGGAGGGAGGCUCAGCUUGCUGCUCUGAGGUACGAGGAGGAGUACCACCACUUUAACCAGUCACACCCCAGUUUACUGUGGACCAAAGCUGGGACUUCAAUCAAACAGCUGUUCAACAAGCCAAACACAACACCACACUUGCAGAAAUAUGACGUCUUCACUCUUCCUGUGGUCAAAAGACCAAGCAGCUGCUCUGCAGCAGAGCAUGAAUGUUUCCGCAGAGAGGACGGGAUGGAGUCACAGACAGCAGCUAGUUUACAGCCAGAGCUGCGCCUCCUUACGCAUAAAGCAGCUCAGACUCCAACAAAGUCCAGUCCAGACAGUGAGAACGUUUACCCCUUCAGACGCUCCACCCACACAGAUGACUCCGCCUUAUUCAUGCAGGGAGAGGACAGGGCAGCUCUUUCUCCUACAGCCAAUCAGUCACCUUCAUACCCAAGCUCAGGGAGCAUGUCUUCCUGUCGUGCAGCAGGUCUGAGACCUGAGGGCUUCCUGUUUCGCCUCGGCCAGAAAGAAGAGAAGAGGAAAGGCGAGAGAGUGCCACCAGUCAGAGGUGACACUGCUAAUGCUCCUCAGAAACAGGAGGAGGCUCCUGUUGCUGCUCCUCUGGUUGGAGAAGACGCUGAGUUGGUGGAGCAGCUCCGAAAGAACAUUGAGGCACGUCUCAAAGUCUCACUGCCCAGUGACCUGGGAGCAGCUCUGACGGACGGGGUGGUGCUAUGUCACCUGGCCAAUCACGUAAGACCACGGUCCGUCCCCAGCAUCCACGUCCCCUCUCCUGCAGUGCCUAAACUCACAAUGGCCAAAUGUCGAAGAAAUGUCGAAAACUUCCUGGAGGCGUGUCGCAGGAUCGGAGUCCCACAGACCCAGUUGUGUCUUCCUCUUCACAUCCUGGAGGAGCGAGGACUCCCCCAGGUGGCCGGAACUGUCAGCGCUCUGCUCAACCUGGCCCCGCCUCGCCACACUGUCACGAUGACGACAUCAUCAUCGUCAUCCACUACACCCGGACCCUCCAUCGCCAUGUAGACAAUGCUAACAUCAGCACUGGAUGCACUCAGCCUUAGCUGGAUUUAUAGGGUGGAGGUGGAGCGUCAGAGGAAACAAGACCAUUUUGGAUGAAAGCCUCCAGAACAGCAGGUCGGCAUCUGAUGGAGACAUGAACAGAGCUGAACAUACAUAUUACUGACAUGAUCUCAGAACUAUCAAGUGCUUAGAAACCUCUCAGAGAAAUGAAUCCGAGUGCCUCGUGUUUAACAGUGAGAAGGGGUUAGUGUGAGGAUGGAGGAGGGUGGCUGUGGAGUGAAAAUCGGAAGGUUAAAAUAUGUGCAUACAUGUUUAAAAUUAUGAACGGGAACAAAAAUAAUAUAAAUAGAAUCAAAAGUCACUAAAGCAGAUAAAUAGAGAUGGUUAUUAACUUUGUCAUACAGGUAUUUUAUCACAGUUUUACAGUGUGAGGAUGGAAAACUAAUCAAUGACUAGAUGUGUAUAUACUGGUAACACGAUGGUAGGCCUGAGAUUAAACUGGCAAAGCUAACUGCUAACUGGUCUCACCUACUUACUGAGGAUGUUGGAGCUCAUUUACCUUUUGUUUUUACAUGCUGACAGGCUGAAAUGCACUGCAGUCAUGAUCUGACAUUUUUUACCUUUUAUUUAACUUAUGUAUUUAUGAUUCUGCAAAUGACAGUGAAAUACACACAAGAGCAUAUUCAAGUGAAAACACUUAUUUGCAAAAUGUUAAAAACAAAAAACUUUAAAAUUACACCAUAAAUGAACCGGAAAUUAAACAUCACCUGCAAAUUAAACUAAACUCGGUCUGUCUCCAUAAAUAAACUGACAUACAGGGUUUGCAUGUUAGCUAAUGCAACUCAAUGCUAAUUGCUAAGGAACACUAGCUUAGAUGUAAAGUUGCUAAAUUAAAAAUAACACUAAUGUAGCUCACUGCUAACAAUAGCCAACGCUGACUGAGUUGAGUUGAAAGUGAUGCAAACAGACCUUCAGAUUAGGUUCUUGGUUAAAGCUAAUGUAGCUCAGUGCUAACAUUAGCUAACAUGUUGUAAUCAGAAGAAUCUUCAGCUCUGUUUUUAGACUCCAUCAGAUCCAAACUUGAGCUGAAUUUAUUUUUAAUACUCAAAAGUGACAGAAUUUGCCUUUUCUCUGUUCUUGGUGGAGGUUUGGUCUGAAUGAUGAAGAUGCAGAACCUCCAACCCCUGGAAUCUGACUGAUUUUUAGCAUCUUCAGUUUGAUGGAUGGACAUCGUCUUUGUACAGGACUGUUUUUAUUUUCCACCCUGUCGUUAGUAUUUCAGUUUUUAUUCUUCUCCUACCUGCUUUUACAUGUCUGUGUCCCCGAUCCUCGAUGGCUUUUUGGUUCAGGCUGAACAGACAUUAGCAGCAGUCUUAGAGCAUUUGACUAUCUGACUGAUCCUCCCUAGGUGAUCAGGACCUUCAUCACUGGUCAGCAUCAUUCACCUGCAUCCUCACACAUUCAUUCAGUGAAAUUAAAAAGGACAUGGAAACUGA